GGCCGCCAAAGAAAAAAAAAACUUGUCUCCUCCUAUAAAAACCCUAGCAUAAAACCCCCCAAUCCCCCGCCGUUCUUCCCACCAGCCCCCGCCUCUAACCCUCUACCGGCGCGAUUCCAGUCAAAACCAAAUCGAUUCCGGGGAACCAAAAGGCGCUCCAUACGGAGGUCCAACCCUAGGCAAAGUGUGCGGCGGCUGCGGUUGGUCGAUUGCUUUGCAAUGGCGGCGGCUGUUGCGGCGGACGGGGACCAGCGGUGGCUGGUGGAGUGCCUGACGGCCACCCUCGACACCGCCCGCGACGUCCGCGCCUUCGCCGAAGAGUCCCUCCGCCAGGCCUCCCUCCAACCCGGAUAUGGAGCUGCCCUCACAAAGGUCACAAUCAACAAGGAGGUCCUGUUUGGGCUACGUCAGCUUGCUGCUGUCUUGUUAAAGCAGUUCAUCAAGCAGCACUGGGAGGAAGACGAAGACAAUUUUGUGCCUCCUGUUGUUUCUGCCUCAGAAAAGGUUGUUAUACGUCAACUCCUUCUUACCUCACUUGAUGAUUCUCAUGGGAAAAUUCGUACUGCUAUUGGCAUGGCUAUAGCUGCUAUUGGGCAGCAUGAUUGGCCCGAAGACUGGGCUGAGUUGCUUCCUUUUCUCUUAAAGUUAAUUGGUGACCAAAGCAAUGGGAAUGGAGUUCGCGGAGCGUUAAGAUGCCUAGCCCUUCUAUCAGAUGAUUUGGAUGAUACAUGUAUUCCAAAAUUAGUGCCGGAGCUAUUCCCAUCAUUGUACAGAAUAAUAUCAUCUCCGCAUCUGUAUGAAAAUUCUCUUCGUGCAAAGGCUCUUGGAAUUGUCCAUUCAUGUAUUUCCAUGCUUGGAUCGAUGAGUGGUGUUUAUAAGAGAGAGACAGUCAGUUUGAUUACUUCAAUGCUUGAUCCACUUAUGGAGCAAUUCUCAAUAAUUUUAAAUUCACCGGUGCUGACCCAAAAUCCCGAUGACUGGAGCAUGCAGAUGGAGGUGCUGAAAUGUUUACUCCAGCUUAUCCAGAACUUUCCAAGACUACCUGAAGCCAAAAUUUCUGCUGUUCUUGCGCCAUUGUGGCAAACCUUUGUUUCAUCCUUCAAGGUCUAUCACCUGUCAAUGAUUCAAGCGUCAGAGGAUGUAGAUUCUGUUGGCUAUGAUUCUGAUGGUAGUGAAAGAAGUCUUGAGUCCUUCGAGAUUCAGUUAUUUGAGCUAUGGACAACAAUUGUGGGGAAUUCUCUGUUAGCAAAGGUUAUUGCAGGAAACAUUAAAGAGCUGGCAUACUACACUAUCUCCUUUCAACAGAUAACUGAAGAACAGGUGCAAAACUGGUCACGUGAUGCUAACCAGUAUGUUGCUGAUGAGGAUGAUGUAACUUAUAGCUGUCGUGUGUCUGGAUCUCUUUUGCUCGAAGAGAUAGUCACUGCUUACGAGGAUUAUGGAAUGGACUCUAUUUUGGAAGCUUCACAAAUGCGUUUUCGUGAAUCACAUGAAUUAAAACAAGCUGGUUCUGCCGACUGGUGGAGACUGCAUGAAGCAUCACUUUUUGCUCUAGGUUCACUUUCAGAACAUCUGUGUGAAGCACAGGAUUCUGGUUACAAUGUGAGAGAUUUACUUGAGCCGAUGAUUGUUGACAUUAUGGGGACAGGGGUGCAGCAGUACCCAUUUCUUCAUGCCCGUGCAUUUUCUGUUGUGGCCAAGUUCUCUUCAGUGAUAAGCAAGGGAAUCUGUGAACAAUAUCUAUGCAAUGCUGCUCAUUCAAUUGCCUCAGAUGUGCCGCCCCCAGUUAAAGUAGGUGCCUGUAGGACACUGGCUCAGCUUUUACCGGAAUCUAAUCAGAAUUCGGUUCAGCCAAACAUUAUGGGCAUACUCUCGUCUCUUGUUGAUCUUCUGAGGCAGGCAUCUGAAGAAACACUGCAUCUUGUUCUAGAUACCCUGCAAUCAGCCAUUAGAUCUGGUGGUGAACAAUCAACAUCAAUUGAACCGGUCAUUUCUCCUAUCAUACUAGAUGUUUGGGCCCAGCACAUCGCUGACCCGUUCAUCAGUAUGGAUGCUGUAGAAGUUCUAGAGGCCAUCAAGAAUGCUCCUGGAUGCUUAGAACCACUUGUAUGUCGGAUUCUUCCAACAAUUGGAUCCAUUUUAUCCACAUCGAAGAUUCAGCCAGAUGGACUUGUCGCAGGUUCACUGGACCUCUUGACUAUGAUUCUCAAAAAUGCUCCAGCUGCUGUUGUUAAGGCAGUGUUUGACUCAUGCUUUACAUCUAUCAUUCAAAUUGUUCUUGAAAGUGAUGACCAUGCAGAAAUGCAGAAUGCAACAGAAUGUUUGGCGGCAUUUAUAUCAGGUGGCCGGCAGGAGUUGCUUGUUUGGGGUGGUGAAGGAGGAGGUACAUUGAAGAUGCUACUUAGUGCAGCUUCAAGGCUUUUGGAUCCAGAGCUAGAAAGUUCAGUAUCACUAUUCGUUGGGAGUUAUAUUUUGCAACUUAUUUUACAUCUGCCUUUGCACCUAUCUCCCCACAUUCCGGAGCUCAUUGCUGCUAUAGUGAGACGUAUGCAAUCAAGCAACAUUGUAGUAUUGAAGAGCUCUCUUGUUGUUAUAAUAGCCAGACUAGUACAUCUAAGUGCACCAAAUGUUGAUCAGUUUAUCAACCUUUUGCUUGCGAUGCCUGCCCAGGGCUAUGGGAAUUCAUUCGCUUAUGUUAUGUCCGAAUGGUCACAACUACAAGGUGAAAUCCAGGGAGCCUACCAGAUAAAGGUAACAACUACUGCAUUAUCUCUUCUCAUAUGUACUCGUCAUCCUGAGCUAUCUAGGAUUGAAGUUGAUGGACAUCUUGUUAAGACUAGUGCAGGUAUAACCACCCGGUCGAAAGCUCGGGUCGCUCCUGAUCACUGGACCAAGAUUCCACUCCCAACUAAGAUCUUCUCACUGCUAGCAGAUACUUUAGCUGAAAUCCAGGAACAAGUUGGUGCAGAUGAUGACAAUGUUUGUGAAGAGGAUAGCGAUUGGGAAGAGGUUCAGAAUGGGGAUGCUAUUCCACAUGAUAUGAUAUAUUCAGCAUCAGUUCCAUCAAAUGCUAAUCCUUCAGUUGAGCAUCUAAAUGCAAUGGCAAAAGUUUUUGAUGAGGAUGAAGACGAUAGUUAUGAUGAUGAUCUGGUGAAAACUGACUCUCUUAACCAGGUGAAGUUGUUAGAUUUUCUAAUGGACACCUUUAUCAACUUGCGGGACAGUGACCGACCACUUUUUGAGCAUCUUUGCCAGGGCCUAACAAAUCCACAGAGGGCUUCUAUAGAAAAGGUUUUGAGCCGGUGAAUCAUUUACAUGAGAUUGUUUUUUGGGCUUUAUAUUUCGUCAUCUUAGCGAUUUGUUGGGUAGGUUUCAUUUGAUGUGUGGCAUAGGUUCAUUGGUUAGUUUGUAUGUACAAUGCUUGUCCAGUACUGAAGGCGGUGUGAUGUGUUGUCAGUGUAAGUUUGUCUAUCAUUGUACCAUGGUGUACAACAGUGCAAGAUAUGGUCAUUCGUUUAUACAUUUGGUGUAACGGGCGUUGUGCGGUUUGUAAUUUGUAUCCAUGUUCCAUUCCUGAAUGAAAGAGACGCAUUCUUUUGAUGGGUC